CACAGGCACAGAAGCCCAACCCAUUAGGCCCAAGUUGAACUUGGCAUGUUUCAUUUGGUAAAACCCUAAACCCUAAAUUCGCGAAUCCCUUUCCUGACGAGAAGGUUACGGCUUCCAUUGACGGUGUCGGUUUUGGUCCAUUGAGGGAUGGGGAAGAGCAAGGCGAAGGAGAAGAAACAGCAGAUAAUUCUGCCGCCGGAGCUUCCUCCGGAAAUAUCAGAGGACGAGAUCGAGGUUUCCGACGAGGACCUCGAGUUCGUCGACGAGAAUCGUGACUAUGCUGGCUUCGUCUCUCGCCUGGACACCGAAUCCAUUACCAAGCAAGUUACUCGAGUAGAGGGUGUGAAUGAAGAUACUUUAGAGGAAUUGUAUGAAAAACGAAGGAGGAGAACAUUGCAGCGUAAAGAAAAUGAAAAGGGUGUUGUUAAAGUUGAUCCUGUUGAUGCUCUUCCUGUCAAAACUUUGGAUGGAGAGCUAUAUUACCGAACAUUUUUGCAGGGUCCAAAAGAAGCAGAAAAUGAUGAAAAGGAUGAUGAUGUUGGCAGUGCAGAUAAGAGCAUAAUUAAGUUGACAAAAGCUGAACGUAGGGCAAAGCUUAAGAAGAUUAAAAAAGAGGCAAAGAAACAGGGGAAGGAGUUAGCUAAACCUGAGGAAGUUCAACAGACUAAACAAGAGGCUGUCUUGGCAGAGGUUAAAGAAGACCUUACAGCUGAAGAUGCAUUUGAAAGCAAAAAGCAUAAGCUGGCUGAGAUUGGAAUGGCACUGCUUGCAGAUCCAGAGGCCAAUAUUAAGUCCUUGAAAGAGAUGUUACAAAUCUGUAAAGAUGGUGAUCCUUCUAUAGUAAAACUAGGAUUGCUUUCCUUGUUGGCUGUUUUCAAAGACAUUAUUCCGGGCUAUCGAAUAAGACUUCCUACUGAAAAGGAGUUAGAAAUGAAAGUUUCCAAGGAAGUUAAGAAAAUGAGGUACUAUGAAUCGACACUAUUGUCAGCAUACAAGGUAUAUUUGCAGAGGUUGAUAGCUUUAGAAAAGCAGUCAAUAUUUCAUCAUGUAGCAGUUCGCUGUAUCUGCACUUUACUUGAUGCAAUUCCUCACUUCAACUUCCGUGAAAACUUGUUAGAUGCUGUUGUCAGAAACAUAGGCUCCUCAGAUGAUGUUAUAAGGAGACUUUGUUGUACAACUAUUAAGUCACUGUUUGUAAAUGAGGGAAAGCAUGGUGGUGAAGCUACUGUGGAGGCUGUUCGGUUGAUUGCAGAUCAAGUGAAAGUUCAUAAUUGUGAUCUGCACCCUGAUUCUGUAGAGGUGUUUAUGUCUUUGUCAUUUGAUGAGGACCUUGGUAAGUCAGAAGCAGCAGAGGAGGAUAAUAAAGUUAAAAAUAAGAAAAAUAAAAAAAGAAAGGAUACCAAGGAGUCAAGGCAACUGCAAGAAAGUGACAGAAAGAAAAGGAAGAAAGAAUUGAUGACAAAGAUGAAAGAAGAGGUUGCUGCUGAUUAUAAGGCAGUUGCUUUUACAUCAGAUGCUACAGAGCAGCGAAGGAUGCAGUCAGAGACUCUUUCUGCCGUGUUUGAGACAUAUUUCCGCAUCUUGAGACAUACUAUGCAAUUGACAGUGGCCAGUUCUGAAGAAAAUACCAGCACUACUCCAGAGGCAUCUAGGGCGCACCCAUUGCUAGCUCCAUGUCUGAAUGGUUUAGGAAAAUUUUCUCAUCUAAUCGACUUAGAUUACAUUGGAGAUCUUAUGAAAUAUCUGAAAAAGCUUGCUUCUGGAGGUAGCAAUGAUAAUUCCUCCCAGAACUUAAAAAUUUUGACUGUAUCCGAACGCCUCCGCUGCUGCAUUGUUGCUUUUAAGGUGAUGAGGAUCAAUCUUGAUGCCCUGAAUGUUGAUUUACAAGAAUUUUUUGUCCAGCUUUACAAUCUCAUACUUGAGUACAGGCCUGGAAGGGAUGAAGGCGAAGUCUUAGCUGAAGCAUUGAAGAUCAUGUUAUGUGAUGAUAGACAACAUGACAUGCAAAAGGCUGCUGCAUUUGUAAAACGCUUGGCCACAUUUUCAUUAAGCUUUGGAUCUGCAGAAUCUAUGGCUGCCUUGGUAACAGUAAGGCAUCUUCUUCAGAAAAAUGUGAAGUGCCGAAAUCUUUUAGAAAAUGAUGCUGGUGGUGGCUCAGUUUCAGGCUCCAUUGCGAAAUAUCAGCCCUAUGCCACAGAUCCCAACUUAAGUGGUGCACUUGCUUCAGUCCUUUGGGAAGUUAAUCUUCUAUCCAGACAUUAUCAUCCAACUGUUUCAACAAUUGCUUCAAGCAUAUCGACCAUGAACACUGCUCAGAACCAAGUUUUCCUCUCCACUACUCCUCAACAGGCCUUCAUGAAAUUAUCACUUGAACAAGAGGCAUUUAAUCCAACAAGUGACAUGCGAAAGUCAAAUAGCAAGAGGAAAAGAGGAAAUGUGUCUUCAACAUCAUCUAGUAUUGAGCCUAUUUCAAUCGAUGGAAAUGAGGUGAACAAGAAACUACGUGAACAUUUCAUUCUUCUUCAUGACAUAAAGGAGAACGAGAGGUUAAGGACUGAGUUGGACCGAACAAAACAAUCACUACAAUCAUACGAAGAAUACAAGAAGCAGAAAUCAGGAAAGCCAAGAAGAACAAAAGCGGACCAAGUCAGGAAAGCCAAGAACAAAAAAUAGUUGACUGUCAUAUGUGAGUUUAUGUUUUGAUAGUUUUUGAGAAUGCAACCUUGUAUUAUUUGGUUUCAUUCCUCAUAUUUUCUUUUUCUUGUUAGUUCUUUCUUUGUGUUAUUACACAUUUGAUUCACUCUUAUCACAUGCAUUCAUAGUUUAUAUUUCACUGAGUUCCAAUAGACGAUAGAUUUCGCA